AUGCCACCUCCUUGUCCAGUUCCCGGAGACUCGGGUGGCGGUGUCGUCGUCUCUGCCGGACGAUCCAGCUCUGCGAGAACCUCCCACAGCCCGUCGACGUCAAAGACGCACGACAACAUCACCCUAUCCAGGCACGCGCGCACAGCAGCCGCAUCUUCACUUUGCGCAACAUCUGCUCCGCCAGUGCCUCCGGAUACGGCCGCCGCAGCCUCCCUCCUCGCGCGCAGCUCCGCGCCGAUGCCGUCCCUCAAUGCCCGCAGCACCACGCCAGCCGGCCGGGGCGUCACCACCAGCGCCGUCUCAGUCUCAUGCGCGAGCAGCAUCCUGGCCACCACCUGGAGGCAGAACUGCCAAACCCAUCCUCAUCCUCGCAGCUCACGCCCACGACGCUCCCCCUCUCCAGGCCUCCAGCCCCUAGGAGUGCCUCGUCAUCCACCUCCGCGCACCCCACGCCGCAAGGCCCCAGCGCGCGCGCCGCGUUUCUGCGCGCCAGCUCCCCCGCCGCGAGCACCGAUGCGGGCACCGGGUCGAGGGGGAAGUGCGAGCUCGCCUGCGAGGCCUGCGGCGCCCCGUCAUCGCCGCCGCCGCCGCCGCCGUCACGGUCCAUGGCUGCUGGGUAGGCCGGGUUGUUGCCCGGGAUGCCGGGCUGCGUCUGUAAUUGUUGCGCUGUCUCACGACUCAAGAGCGUGGUGGGUGUAG